AUGUGUGGAGUUGAUGAUGAAACGACUGGCCAUGUGCUGUGGUGGUGUGCCGCUGCCCAAUGUGUCUGGGGUUGUUGUGGGGGUUCAAUCAACAAAAGUGUGGUGAUGAAGGACGAUUUUUUCAGUAUUUUCUGCUAUCUUUGUGAUAGAUUGGACACGGACGAGUUGGAGCUUUUUGCGAUCAUAGCCCAUAAGAUUUGGCUGAGGAGGAAUUCGAUGGUAUUUGGGGGCCCAAUUCCAUCCCCCUCUUGUUUGAUGAAAGGUGCCAAAGAGCUGUUGGGAGAUUAUCGGAAAUCCUCCAUGGAUGCUGCGAAUUGGGAGAACGGAAGUCCUCGUGCACUUUCGCGGUGGAGUAAACCAGCUGCCGAAUCCAUCAAGAUAAAUUGGGACGCUGCUUUGGAUGUUCGGAAGAAACGUAUGGGAGUGGGAAUCAUUGCCAGAAAUGAUAUGGGCGACGUGAAGGCAGCGUUGUGCACAACGCUUCCCUAUAUCCAGAAUCCUACUGUGGCUGAAGCCUUUGGGGCUAGGAGGGCGGUGGAAUUUGCUAGAGAAAUGGGCUUCUCCUCAAUUGAGAUUGAAGGGGAUUCUCGUGAAGUGGUUCUGGCUUUAGGGAACUCAGGGGAUUGCUGCGUUUCUUACGGAAAUUUAGUUUCGAAAACUCGGGUUUUGCUUUCCUCUUUUCCUCAUUGGAAAAUUGCGCAUGUGGGGUGUGAUGAGAACAAGGCUGCUCACUACUUGGCUAAGCUAGCUGUUUCCCAAUUCUGUCAAAUGUGUGGAUAG